AUGAUUGAGCGGCAGAGAAACGGUGAGGACAUCCCGAGUAGCAGUUUGAAACAAAUUAUCCUGUCAUUUGUAUCUCUUGGCUUGGAUGAACAGAACACAAAGAGAAUUAAUUUGACAGUAUACCAAGAUUUUUUUGAAACAGCUUUCUUGGAAAACACUAGAACUUAUUAUACCAACGAAUCAAAAGAGUUCUUGGCUCAUAAUAGCGUGGUGGAGUAUGUCAAAAAGGCCAACAACAGAUUAAAUGAAGAGUAUCAGCGAGUCAAGAUGUACUUGCAUCAAUACACAGAAGAGAGAUUAAUGAGCACCUGUGACCAAGUAUUGAUUAGCGACCAUGCCGCUGCCAUUCAAAACGAAUUCCAAGUUCUUUUAGGAGAUGACCGACAAGAGGAUUUCCAUACAAUGUAUAAGUUGUUGAGUCGUGUAGAAGGUGGUUUGGUACCAAUUCAACAGGCGCUGCAAGCUCACGUUGAGAAGCAAGGAAUGGAAGCUGUACAGAAACUUCAAUCCCAAACUACGGGCGGACCAGUCGAUCCAAAGGCUUAUGUCGAUAGUCUUUUAGUGGUUCAUAUGAAGUACAGUGCACUUGUUUCGGAAUCUUUCGAGAAUAACAAGGAUCUGGUAAGGGCGCUUGACAAUGGCUGCAGAGCAUUUAUUAAUAACAAUAUUAUUGCCAAGCCAACCCAACAACUAGACAAGGACUCAAAAACCCCAGAAUUGUUGGCCAAAUAUGCCGAUUCGCUACUAAAGAAAUCAUCAAAAAAUACUGGAGAAGCCGACAUCGAUGCUAGUUUGAAUGGAAUCAUGAGAAUCUUCCAAUAUCUCGAUGAGAAAGAUGCAUUUGAAAAGUUCUAUUCUCGAUUGUUAUCUAAGCGUCUUGUUAAUAAUUCAUCGACUUCAGAGGAUGCAGAAACUAGCAUGGUAGCCAAGCUCAAAGAAGCAUGUGGAUAUGAAUACACAAAUAAGUUGCAAAGAAUGUUCCAAGAUAUGAAAACUUCUGCUGACCUCCAGAAUCAAUUUAAAAAUACCCUGGAGAAGAAAGACGUUGAUUUCACUGCUUAUGUACUGGCUCAAAGUAUCUGGCCAUUACCUGACCUCAAACCGACUUUUGAAUUACCCAAACAAUUGGUGGGAACUUUUGAUAGAUUUCAGAACUUUUAUGGCACCAAACACAGUGGACGUAAGCUCAUGUGGCUAUGGAAUUUCUGCAAAGGUGAAAUUCGUGCCAACUACCCCAAGACUUCCAAGACUGGAUAUACCUUCCAGGUCUCUGUGUUUCAAAUUGCAAUUCUACUACCCUUCAAUGAUGCCGAUACACUGUCUUUCCAGCAGUUGAAAGAGAUAACUGGUCUCUCAAAGGAAUAUCUUGCAAAUUCAUUACACUUCUUGUUGAAGGCCAAGGUACUUCUCCAAAACCCGGAAAACACCGAAAUCAGUGAUGAAAGCAACUCUUUCAGCUAUAAUCCCAAUUUCAAAUCUAAGAAGGUUCGUAUUAACCUUAAUUUACCAUUGAAGACUGAACAGAAACAAGACACUGAGGACACUCAGAAGAAAAUUCAAGACGACCGUCACUUGUUCUUGCAGGCUAUUAUUGUCCGUAUUAUGAAGGCCCGUAAGGAACUGACUCACGUAAACCUAGUACAAGAGACUCUGGAACAAUCAAGGAGAUUCAAGCCACGUGUUCCGGAUAUUAAGAAGACUAUCGAUACACUAAUUGAAAGAGAGUAUUUACAGAGAGUUGUCAAGGCUAACAAUACUACAUCGUAUCAGUACCUCGCAUAA